AUGCCAGAGAUAUCCGGGUUCUGUAGGAGCAGCGUGGGGAAAGCACAGGCGGUCGGCGGUCGGCAGGCUCGGCCGGCUUCGACCACUCCACCGGCGAGGAUUGCCGUCAGACCACUUUUAUAUAAUGAACUCCUCGCUCACCGACCACUGCAACACUUUUACUACACUCUGACUUUGAGCAAUACUUCUCACAAGUUUUUCUCACUUCCCGGCGUGACGCGCGUGUUACUAGUGAGGUGUGCGGGGAGGGUAGCCAGCGAGGACGCGUCUACCACGUGCCUCGAGCGAACACGGACUGGACUGCACCGUUCACAGACCACGGCGGGCGGCGGGGCGGGACGGAGAGAGCGGGCUGCGGGAGCGGGCGGGGAGCGGCGCGGGCAGGCGGGAGGGGAAGGGGACCUGCCCCACAGCUUGCCCUAUAAACUUGCUUUUUACCCGCUCUCAUGUCCGUUCGUGUCAAUGAAAACAUUGAACGAGUCUCUCCUCAGAGGUCGUGGGCGAGCGUUGAAUGGAGGAGUAGCAAUAAUACGCACUGCAGCUCCAACACACGCUAGGCGAGGAGCGCCAGCAGGUGGGCGCGGGUAG